CCCGGAUCGCUGCCGCCUCCCGCCGCUGUUGGGUGAGCGGGGCGCGUGAGCGGGCGGCGGGGGCGGACCCUCCUGGUAGCGGCCAGACAUGUCGGUGGCGUUCGCGGCCCCGAGGCAGCGGGGCAAGGGCGAGAUCACGCCGGCCGCCAUCCAGAAGAUGCUGGAUGAAAAUAACCAUCUUAUUCAGUGUAUAAUGGACUAUCAGAACAAAGGAAAGACGUCUGAAUGCUCUCAAUACCAGCAGAUGCUGCAUACAAACUUGGUUUACCUAGCCACUAUAGCUGACUCCAACCAGAACAUGCAGUCUCUACUGCCAGCACCACCCACACAGAAUAUGCCUAUGGGUCCGGGAGGGAUGAGUCAGAGUGGCCCUCCCCCACCGCCGCGCUCGCACAACAUGUCUUCAGAUGGUAUGGUAGGUGGGGGCCCUCCUGCACCACACAUGCAGAACCAGAUGAACGGCCAGAUGCCUGGACCUAAUCAUAUGCCUAUGCAAGGACCUGGACCUAACCAACUCAAUAUGACAAACAGUUCCAUGAACAUGCCUUCAAGUAGCCAUGGGUCAAUGGGCGGCUAUAAUCACUCAGUGCCAUCCUCUCAGAGUAUGCCAGUGCAGAACCAGAUGACUAUGAGCCAGGGACAGCCGAUGGGCAACUAUGGUCCCAGACCAAACAUGAACAUGCAGCCAAACCAAGGUCCAAUGAUGCACCAGCAGCCUCCCUCCCAGCAAUACAACAUGCCACAAGCUGGUGGCCAGCAUUACCAGGGGCAGCAGCCACCUAUGGGAAUGAUGGGCCAAGUUAACCAAGGAAAUCACAUGAUGGGUCAGAGGCAGAUUCCUCCAUACAGGCCACCACAGCAAGGCCCACCACAGCAGUACUCAGGCCAGGAAGACUAUUAUGGGGACCAAUACAGUCAUGGUGGACAAGGUCCUCCAGAAGGCAUGAACCAGCAAUAUUACCCUGAUGGAAACUCGCAAUAUGGUCAGCAGCAAGAUGCAUAUCAAGGACCACCUCAACAGCAGGGUUAUCCACCACAACAGCAGCAAUAUCCAGGCCAACAAGGCUAUCCAGGACAACAGCAGGGUUAUGGCCCCUCCCAGAGUGGUCCAGGACCUCAGUAUCCCAAUUAUCCACAAGGACAAGGCCAGCAGUAUGGGGGAUACAGGCCCACACAGCCUGGGCCACCACAGCCACCACAGCAGAGGCCUUAUGGAUAUGACCAGGGUCAAUAUGGAAAUUACCAACAGUGAAAAAGUACUCACAUUCCAGUAGGCAAUAUCUGUUAGCAGCCAUAUUGUCUCCUCAGCACUGUGGACAUCUUCCUGAGAUGAGAACCUCCCAUUCCAUCUAGCUUUUGGAAAAAUCUUGUGGCUGUUUUAUGGUAUACAGUCUUUAUGGGUUAAUUGUUAAAGACUGUAGCUUCUCAGAAACUGAUUUCACAUCUCUACUCUAGAUGGCAAUAUUGGACAGAAAAUACGUGACAUAAUUUGCAGUGAGUUGAGAACUAUAUGUCAAAUAGACUGUUACAGACUGAAAGGUGCGAACAGCUUUGUAUGUUUAUGAAGGUUAUGGGAAUUUAAUAUUUUUUCCACAGAUUUUUUUUGUAGGGGGAAAGGGGAAAUGCACACUUUUUACAGCAGCAAUAUUUUGUAUAUUAUGUUUUUCAUGUGGUGAAUAUGCAAGACAGUACACUACUCGCUGGGCAGGAUAAGAAAUCUACUGUUAAAAAUAGGUAGGGGCAUGAUAAGUGCUGGAUUGUAUAAAUCUCGAAAUGGUGUACAAUAAAGAUAACAGUGAAAAAAGAUGGAGAACAUCAUAUAUCACUGAUAGGUUCAUGUACAAACAGAAAGAGAAUCCCAGUUAUCUAAAUGGGAACAUAAUUAAGGACAGUAUAAUAUAGUCUUGUGCAAAGAUUAAUUUUUUAAGCUUUCCAAUUUUUCUGAGUGAAGCAGUUUUGUAAAAAUUAUUUCUAACAUAGUUUGACAGUUUCCUGCAACAUUUUUUGGGUAACAAGAUAAACGUUUGGGUUUUAUUUCUCAAGUGUUUUGUCACAGCUUUGCAUAAGCAAGCUGUAAUCCCUCUUAAUAAUUGCAAUAACAAAGAAAAUGACAAGUAUUAAUUUUACUUGGCUUGAAUAUGCAAAGAACUUGAAAAAGAAUAUGGAGGACAGGACUGUAUUGUAUAAGUGUAUUUUAAUCUUUAGUUGAAUAAUUUGUAUGUAUCAAAAUAGCCUAGAAGACUUUGUAAAACCUAUCUAAACUUUCCUAACUGGGAGAUAAUAUCUUUAGAAAGGGGGCAUUUUCUGUGUGUGUCCAUUUUUCUUAUUGGUUAACAUGAGACCAAGGGAUGUUUUAUAACAUCAAAUAUAAAACCUGUUGGUGAGAUAAAUGCCAAAUUUUCGUUUGAACUGCAUUACAGCUUGUAGUGUUGCAUGUGAGAUAGAGGCAGCACCUUGAUCAAUAGCAUAGUACACACAAAAAAAUGGUUUUGAGACUGUCCUGCAACUGUAUAUCAGAUAAAUACAUGGAUAUUCUGUUGUGCAGGAAUAUAUGCAUUCAGGAAUUCCUGGCAACUUUUAUAAAGGACAAAACUUAAAAUUAGCCCAGGGGUAAAAUAAGAUUUCGGUUUUAGUUGAUCAGAUUUGGGGAUUAAAACCAGAAAACAACUGGCGUUCAUCAUAUGUACAACAUUACACAUGGAAGACAAGAUUUUAGAUUUGUUCAUCAUUUUUAAAGGGAAAACAGUUUUCUUAAAGUUGAUAGAAAAUACACAUCAAGGUUUGAACAGAUAUGGCAUGAGGAACAUUAUUAUGAAUGAAAUGCUUGUAGGUUCUGUGCCAAUUUUCCACCACUGUGUACUUCAUCGCUAUUUAAAACUGUACUCCAUCAAUUCUAAUGGAAGAAUAAAUUAUUUGUGAUUUUAA